AUGGCAAAGGCAUCAGCUUACGGAAAAUUAAUUGCUCUUAGUCAAGUUGUACAAGAUUUAUCUGGAGAACCAAUUGAUAAUGAAAUUGAAAUAGAUACUGAAAUGGCUGAAAUUAUGGCAGCUAAAAAACGUACUCAAGAAGCAAUCCGACGGCUAUGUAUUCGUGAAAUGUUACCACUAUUGGAUACAGUCGAUGGUGUUCAAAAAUUAAAACAAAUUUAUCCUUGUAAAAGAAUGAAGAUAUAA